AUGCCUUCGCUCCCCUUUUUAGUCGCUUGGCUCAUAGAAAAGGCGAGAAACAGUAACAAGUCGGUUGAAAACGUCGAUGAGGACGUCCAAGAUGAACUCCAGCACUCAGAAUCUCGAGACCAUCGUAUAGACAUUCAGGAAGUAGACAACUCUGAGCCCACACGUGUACCCAGCUCUCAAGAAACCAAAGUCUCGUCUCCCUCCCCCCACCGCAAGCGACGAAGGCGCAGAGACUCACUAUCCGUCGCGGGAAAAGUUGCAAAAGACACUGCGGGGCAUGUCGGCAGGUUCUUCUUCGCAUCUGAUAAGUCUUUGGACGAAGGGUAUUCUCCAAAGUACCGCUGGUUGCCAAUCAUCAGUGGCUUGCUCGUUCCAUUCUCUAUCUUACUAGAAGUACCCGGCUUGACUGAGCAUUGGUACAAUCGCACCGAUGGAACUCAAGUCAUUGAAUACCGCGAGAACCCAGCCAUCUUGAAUGCAGGACUUGGACUCUCUAUGGCCUCAGCUUUGCUUGCCAAUAUAUGUCUCUUGAUGCGCUUCCUCGAGCGACGGAUCAAGAGUGCUACAAUUGCAACCAUCGUCUUCUUAUUGAUACACGACGUGAUCAAUAUAGCCGCCUUGGUGAUUUUCGGUAUCAUACAUAGUGUGGAUGAUGGGUUUACAUACUCGCAAGCCUACUGGGUAACAAUGGCAUCCACAAUCACCUCCUUGACGGUCACGAUGACACUUCUGAUUGACUAUGUUCGCACACCAAACUUUAGUUCCAGUGGAAGUGGCCUUACUCGAAAGCAGCGGUCACUGGUAAUCAUUGUGAUGGUGCUGCUUACAUACCUUGGGCUGGGUGCCCUGAUAUAUUGCUUCCUCAUCGACCUUCGCUUUCUGGACGCCCUCUAUUUUGUUUGCUGUUCUUCAUUGACAAUCGGCUUUGGAGACAUUAGCCCAACAAGCUCCGGAUCUCGGUUGUUCUCUAUCUUUUACAACACAUUCGGAAUCUUGAACACUGGUCUCGCGAUUGCAAUUGCUCGAGAAACCAUUGUCGAAUCCUUUGAGCAAUCGUAUCGCAACCGCAAGCAUGCUUUGACCGCACGACGCCGACUACACAGACAACUACAUGCAAAGAAACACAACGCAAAGCAUGGUAUGUGGUUAGCUACGCAUAAAGUCAAUCAGCAGCUUCCCGAAGGUGUCGAUGUACCUCUGUCCUCUCACCCCCCGACACCACCCCCGGAGGUGCAAGAACACAAUCAGAGCGAACUGGGAGCAUCGGAAGAGGUAGAAUAUCAGCAAGGAACAUCAGCAUCUGCUCGACGGCAAUGGUCGGGGCCGCGGUUGCAGACCUCUCGUCAUGAUACAGAAACAUCAGUAGCUGUGGCUCAGACUCCUGAAGGGCACACCCAUACUUCCAAGGAAGCAGAGAAAGAGGUGGAUAAGAAUAGGCGCAUGGCACAAGAACAAGUGGACAAGGUGGACGACCGAAUGGUUCAAGGUUUCGACGAAGAGGAAAGGGAGUACAUCAAAUUUCGCCAGGACAUGAUCAAGGAGGAGAAGAAGGAGUUUAGAGUCAAGCUUGGGGUCUCAUGGUCCCUCUUCGUCAUCUUCUGGGUGAUAGGCGGUGCCAUUUUCAUGGGUACUGAAGGGUGGUCCUAUGGUACAUCAAUUUAUUUCUGCUUCACUGCUUUCUCCACCAUUGGAUACGGUGACGUCGCACCCAGAACGGGACCCGGUCGCGUGUGCUUUGUAGCAUGGAGUUUGAUGGGUGUCGCCGCCAUGACGAUCCUAUUCUCCGUCCUCUCCGAGGCAUAUCAAUCUCGCUACUCUACAGUUAUGCACAACGGCCUCUUUGACAAGGCGGUUCGAAGUUACCAGAACAAGACCCAUACGGAGAAGCAGACAUCUCUGCCCAGUACACCAGCAUUCGAUGCAGAGACAAUGACAAAGCAGGAAAAGGUCGAAGCUCUCAACUCGACAAAGGUCGAAAUGUCGACGAUUCCGCCCAGGAUCAUCUCUCUGGCCAAGGCGUUCCAUUCCCAUUUGCAAUACGUCCUAUCACACAACUCGCAGGAAAAACCACCUCCUGGCUUGCAGCGCGCAUUGGAUGAACUCAUGCAGGAAGAAGCCAUGAACGAGGAUCUUCGUAAAGAAGUCUUACAAGAUGGAGAAGCUCGUCGGACGCUGUUCAUGAUGAGCUUUGAGCGGACGCUCAAGAAGAUGGUCGAGAAUGCCGAGCGUAUCUCCAAGCUUAUCGACGAUCGAGACGCAUUGGAGCAAACGAUGCGGUUUAUUGACGAAGAGGUGGAUGAAUUCUUGAAUGAGGUGGGCGACCGCGGUGGCGACGGCGACGACGACGGCACGAAUGACAAUGGGCUUACGGAUUCGCCUGCGGAGAUGCGGCAUGAAGAUAUGCAUGGAGGACACAAGAUUGCUAAAAUGCGGUGGCAAAAGAUACGGACGGGUGUACUGGGCACAGGUGUACUCGGCUUUGGACGAUCCCGAUCGUCCCGUCAUGACCCAUACAUGCAUCAUGACGGUAGCCAGUCUGCGCCUCACCUGACGGGUGGUGAAGCCGAGGAGGCAGAGGAUGACAAUACGGGUUGGCUCCAAGGAAGAGGGGCCUCCUUUUCCAAUAAGAGGCGCAGGAGAUCGAGAGCUAGGUCCUCCAAGAUGUCCAAUGUCCGGUUCGCGGACGAUCCAUAUCACGAGGGGACUAGCAGAAGGGAAUAA